AUGACAUCACUGGGCCGGCCCCAAAAAGGCAGUCCAAGCCGGCGGUGCCCCAUCGACAAUGGCUUCUCCCUCGGCCUGGGGGAGGAGAGUGGAGCGCAGGACCAGCAGCAGCAGCCAGAGGAGAUUGUGUUAUCGCCGAGAUCGCGCAGAGCGUUCCACGGCAAAGUCGCGUCUGCGCCAGAGACUCUUGCGCAGCCGCCGAGGUCCAGGCAAGUCGCGGUGUCACAUGGUUCUUUGCAGGCUCGGCUCACGAGCCCGCAGAAGAUCGGCGGGUUUCCCGGGCUCUGCUUUGGAACGGCGCAAGUCGGCCAAGCGCCGAGGACGCCGAGGGCUGAGACAUCGCACCUCGGCGAUAUCCCGGGGGUGUCCGGGUUCUUUCACGGACUUGGUGUUUUUGACGCCGUUGAUCCCAGGUCUUUUGUAGCACCACAAAGUACGUUUCAAGAAGAGGAGGGUUCGAUGCAUAUCGCAAAGCCACCCAUGCAGCCGCCGCCGCCGCCGUAG